UUCAGGGUGGAGUAUUGCACUAAAAUGUCCGUCACAAAUCAAACUCAGACCAACACCACCGUUGGGAUCCAGAGACAGGGACUAGCGGGACUUGUGUUAUUUUCCCUUCUGACCACCCUGCCUUGCUGCAUCUGUCUCUUCAUUAAUGGGAUCAUGUUGUUCACUUUGAGGAGUAAACCAGUGUUUAGGGAGACAUCUCGCUAUAUUCUUCUGUUUAACCUUCUCUUUGCAGACACAGUGCAGUUGGCACAAAGUCAGAUCAUGUAUCUACUGUCUGCUGCAGGUGUAAAACUGCUGUAUACUGUAUGCUGUGUCCUAACAGCACUAAAUAAUCUGUCACACAUCAUCUCACCUCUCACAUUGGUGGUAAUGUGUCUGGAGAGAUAUGUAGCUGUUUGCUAUCCACUGAGGCAUGCUGCCAUCAUCACAAUAAAAAACACAGUGGUGGUUAUCUGUGUAGUCUGGGCCCUCAGUUCACUAAAUUUUUUGACUCAGUUAAAUCUGAUGUUAAAGGAUCACUUCAAAGAUUUGCAGCACUUGAUGAUGACAGACUUUUGUGGCAAAGAUAAUUUACUUUUUGAUCCAGUGUCUCAACUUUAUGACAAAGCCUCCACCUAUUUUCUCUUUGCUUUAGCAGGUGUAACUGUCACUUUCUCCUAUGUUGGUAUUAUUGUAGCAGCUAAAUCAGCCUCCACGGACAAAGCUUCAGCUAAGAGGGCUCGUAAGACUCUGCUGCUGCAUCUGGUGCAGCUGGGCCUCAGUAUGUCUUCAACUAUACACAGUUCACUGCUCAUUGUUGUCUCUACAAACCUAGACAGGGCUUCAGCUGUUAUAAUCCAGAUUCUUCUUUAUAUUUGUCUUAUUAUUGUUCCUAAAUGCCUGAGUUCCCUGAUCUAUGGUUUCAGAGACCAGACCAUCAGACCCGUCCUCAUGCUUCAUCUCUGCUGGCACUGCAGAGUUUUACCUGUGAUGUCAAUGACAUCAACCAACACUAGAGUCAGAACAUUUACAGCUAAGUCCUGA